UUCGUGGCCAGUGAUUACGUCCUAAGAACCAUUUACUUGCGUUGGCACAACUCUAGUGACAAGUUAGCGGUAGAGCGGGCGGACCUGGAGCUGGCGAAACGGCUUCAGGCGGAGGAGGAGGCAGCCUACCUUAAGCAGGCCUCUGAAUCCGCCUCCCAAUCUCCCUCGUGCUCUCCCUCCCACCAUCGACAAAAUGGCGGUGGAUACGGUCAAACCAUGUCUUCCUCAUGGGUAAGCCUCUGUUUUGAAAGCAUCUGCCUUGGGUAG